GCAACACUGAUUGUUAUGUUGUAAAAGUCAGCUGUUGUUUAUAUUUGAUUAUUGGGUUUUAUUUUUGUUCAGAUUUUUUCAUGACUUGUUUUUUUUUUUCAUUUUAAAAAUAUGAGCUCAAAAUGCUAUCCAAUUUGAAAGAAAAGAUACUGAGCGUAUCACUCUUCAAUAGUGGUGAAGAAAAACAAUUGGAAAAAAAAGUGAUUAACUUUAAUGCAGGUGCUGAAAUUUUACAACAAUUUCAAAACCAAUGGGAAGAGCUACACAAAAUAAACGAAGAAAAUGCUGAGAAGGCAGAACAGGUAGCAAAAGAAAUCAUAUGCAUUUCUAAUGAACUUCGAAUUAGUAUAACUAACCUGGAUCUUAUAGACCAUUUAAUUACAAAGUCAAAUCUAGCCAUCAAUAUAAAUGAUUGUUUAAGUACGAUAAAAGAUUUAUAUAAGACUGCUGAAAGUAUAGAAAUGAAUUUGAUAGGUCUUGAAGAUUUAAUAGAUGAAAUCGAUUUAACGAGAAAGCAACGUCACGAAAAGGAAGACCUACAAAGGUACCAGGUAAAGAAAAAACUGUCUUUGGAGUCCUUGAAAGUAGCUUGGAGAGAAGAACAUUUGAAAAAAAUUGAAGAAUAUGAAGCCAGUAGAAAGGUAUUGCUAGAAGAAAGGCAACGUGCGUUCCAAGAUGCAUUCAAGACCGACUUGGAAUUGUAUAAAAGUUUAGGGACUCUACCCGAAAAGGAACACUCUGAAAACCAAAAUGCACUCCUUUUGGAGGAUAUCCAAUUAGAUUUUGACGAAAAAGAAUUGGAAAAAUUUUUCAAUGAUGACUGAGAGGAGUGCUAAGGACUUACAUAGGAAUUGUAUUUGUGGCCAGUGCAAUAAUCCAAAACAUAUUACUAGCUCGGAAAAUGGGGAAAAAUGAAUCUAUUUUUGUAUUUGAGGUUUGAAUUUAAUUAAAAUGUUGAAUAAUUUGUCUUUUGUAAACAAAUAUAAAGUACUGUAAGAAAUAAACUGAGAAAAAAACA